GGCCCCAGCAAGUCUCCAACUUUCUUCCUGCCUCCCCUUGGCCGCCGCCUCCCUCCUCCGCCCGCCCUGCCGCGCUCCCUCAUCCCGGGAGCCCCGCGGAGCCCCGCGAUGCUCCGCUGCCGCCUGCCCCUGCUCGGGCCCUGGCUGCUGCUGCAGAUGGUGUGCGCUGGAGGCCACAUCACCAAGACCCUGGGCUACCUGGAGCUCGACACCUCUGGCCUCCUCAAGGAUGUCCCCUAUGGCACCCUGAAGCCCCCGGUGCUUGACCCUGGGCGGCUGAUCCCGGCCGAGCCCCAUCGGGGCGCAGGGACGGCCCUGGGCGCCGCGCAGAGCCCCUGGGACUGGCAGAAGAACCAUUCGGCCGGCGAGCCGCCGAGCUCCCGCGCCCGCCGCAAGCCCUCGCUCAAAUCCGGCCGCGCCAAGAAGAUCUUCGGCUGGGGCGACUUCUACUUCAACAUCAAGACGCUCAAGUUCAGCCUGCUGGUGACGGGGAAGAUCGUCGACCACAUCAACGGGACCUUCAGCGUCUAUUUCCGCCACAACUCCUCCAGCCUGGGCAAUGUCUCGGUCAGCAUCGUGCCCCCCUCCAAGGCGGUGGGUUUCGAGGUGCUGGUGCCGGCCGCCCUGCCGCUCCCGCCCCCCCAGCAGAGCACCCUGCCCGAGGGGCGCCCGGCCAAGGCCCUCAAUUGCCACGUGGAGUACGAGAAGACCAACCGGGCGCGGAAGAACAAGCCGUGCCUGUACGACCCGUCCAAGGUGUGCUUCACGGAGCACACGCAGAGCCACGCCGCCUGGCUGUGCGCCAAGCCCUUCAAGGUCAUCUGCAUCUUCAUCUCCUUCCUCAGCAUCGACUACAAGCUGGUCCAGAAGGUCUGCCCCGACUACAACUUCCAGCACGACAACCCCUAUUUUGGCUGAUGGCUGCGGGACGGGGUGGCGGGUGCCGGAGCUGGAUGGGGGCCUGGGGGUCCUGCACCCUGCCCCAGCUGUAUAGGGGAUCCCCGGGGUGUGGGGUGAGCUGGGGGGGGCACAGCCCCAUGCAGUGGCUUUGGUUGGGUGUGUGGCACCUCCGGGAUGGUUGUAACGGGGAUUUUGCCACAUGCCAACAGGUCAUGGUGCUGGGGGGAGCUCAGGCGCCCCCCGUGUGCUGCUGGGGGUGUCUUUGCAGCCGUGGGAGGGGUGUGUUGGUCUGUGCAUGUACACAGUGGUCUGUGCGUGGGCACCCUCCCCAUCGGCCCCUCCCAGGCACCAAACCUGGUGAUCCAUGGAGCCCCCCAGGGUGGGGACCCUGCCCAGAUUCACCACCCCUCACCCCCAUCUGCAGCCGCUUGGCCGGGAAGAAGCGCCCCCAGGAGCAGGGACGGGGGUGUGGGGGGGCUGACCUCCCCCUGGUUCUGGGCAGGGGCUGCUUCAUAUUUUUUUUAAGAAAAUUAAAAUGGAAAAAAGUGGAAAAUAAAGAAAAACAUUGGAAAGAAAAACAGAACAAGAAAAAGGAAAAGCGGUGGAGUGUGCUGAUC